GAACGGUCAAGUACUGCUGGCUUGACGAUGUCGCCCCAUCAUUCCAUUUGAAUCUCGCACGUGAUUUCAUGCUCUUCACGUAGGAAAGGCUUCUUAAGAAGAAGCCCUCGAGGGACAUGCCAAACCACCAUCUCUUCACCUCUCCAAACUACCCCCUACCGCCCAUCACCAAACAACACUCUCCCACAAUGGGCUCUAUCCCAGCCAGCGGGUCGUCAGACCCAUGUAAGAUGUUGCGAGUCGACGGCAGUCGCAUCGUCAAUGCUGCCGGCGAGACUGUCAUCCUCAAAGGCGCAGGUGUAGGCGGCUGUCUCAACAUGGAGAACUUCAUCACAGGCUACGCAGGCCAUGAACACGAGCACCGCGCCCAGAUGGCAGAGGUCCUCGGCGAGGCAAGGUCACAGUUCUUCUUCGACCGCCUCAUUCACCAUUUCUUCUCGGACGACGAUGCUGCCUACUUUGCCUCCCUUGGGCUCAACUGCAUCCGCAUCCCCAUCAACCACCGCCACUUUAUGGACGACAUGAACCCCAGCACCAUCAGGCCCGAGGGUUUCAAGCUUGUAGACCGUAUCGUCGACGUCUGUGCAAAGCACAACCUCUACACCAUCCUGGAUCUGCACACUGUGCCCGGAGGCCAGAACCAGGACUGGCACUCUGACUCUGGUCUUUCGCGCGCCAUGUUCUGGGAGUUCAAGGACCUGCAGGACCGCGCCAUCCAGCUGUGGGAGGCCCUCGCGGAGCACUACAAGGGCAACCCGUAUGUGGCAGGCUACAAUCCCCUCAACGAACCCGCAGAUCCCUACAAGGCCACCAAUGGACACCACGGUGCGCGCCUCGUGGCGUGGUACGAACGCUGCGAGAGGGCCAUACGCGCCAUCGACCCGGAUCACAUCUUGUUCGUGGAUGGAAACACGUACGCCAUGGACUUUCGCGCUUUCCCCGAAAAGACACUCCCCAACACCGUCUACGCCAUCCAUGACUACUCCAUGCUUGGAUUCCCCAUCAGCGAGCAGUACGAGGGCACGGACGCGCAGAACAAGGCGCUACGCCAGCAGCUCGACCGCAAGGUAGAGUACAUGCGCAGCAAGAACGUGCCCGUCUGGAACGGCGAGUUUGGCCCCGUGUACGCCAGCGCGCAGAACGCAGGCAGCGAGAUGGAGGCAGCGGCCAUCAACGCCAAGCGCAUCGGCCUACUUCGCGCGCAGCUCAAGAACUAUGCCGCGGACAGCAUCAGCUGGUCCAUCUGGCUGUACAAGGACAUUGGGUACCAGGGCAUGGUGUACGUGGACCCCUCGUCGCCGUACAUGAAGCUCAUCCAGCCCUUUGUCGACAAGAAGCAGGCUCUGGGGCUCGACUUUUGGGGCGUCGUCAACAAGGAGGGCGUCAAGCACCUAUACGAGCCCUUUGUCAACGGACUGCGCGAGACGGUGCCCGAGCCGUUUCGCAACAAAAAGUACCCCAAGAUCUGGAACUUUGACCGCCAUGUCGAGCGUGUCGUGCGCGAGUGCCUGAUGAGCGAGUACGCCGGCUGGGAGCUGGCGGAGCUGUUCAGGGGGAAGACGGAGGAGGAGCUCGAGGAGCUAGCGGCCAGCUUUGCGUUCAAGAACUGCAAGGGGAGGGAGCAGCUCAACGAGACGUUGAGGCUGGACGCUGCGGGUAAAUUGUAAAGAUAGUACGUGUGCCAAUUUGACGUGAAGAGUUGCAAGCUCGCUAUCAUACCUGUACCAACCUCCUGUAGUGCUGUCUAAGUAUUCGUUCCACGGUGGGCAAUAUCCGUUUCGAACAAGCCUCGCAAUUGCAAUGAUACGUAGAACCGACCGUGUCGAAGUGAAGAAGCGGGAGCUUUGCCUCGCGGGAUAGCGACACGGUCGUCUCAAUGAUUUGGAAGCGCAGGCGCGUCAUGCAAGGUCUUGGGCUGGAAUCGAGGCGACAGGGCCUCACAGUAAGCCGUGGCUGUGCCUGUGGCGUUUGGACCCCUGCAGGUAGCCGCUGCUUAGUCAUUGAGGGGUCCAAGAAACGCCCCGAAAUCCGGUGCUUUGGAAUCAAGCUCUCCACUCUAAUUUUCCUCUGCAAGACAGUGGCGGCCCUCGGCGCUGGCUCGGUCAGCGCAUCACGUCACGACU